UGAUUAUUGACACUUGCGCAGGAUUUGUGUUGUUUUAGCCGUCUGGAGUCUCAAUCCACUUUUCUCACGCACACUAAACUCCGUUUUAAUUUCCUUGUCUGUUCCCACUGUUGAGGAAACACAAUACAGUUGGGUAAUAAACCGACACUCCGGAACUACAUCCACUGUUGUUUUCCCUUCAAAAAUUUCACAUCUUGCUAUCCAGGAUCACAAUGUCGUUGUACCCAAGCUUGGAGGAUAUGAAGGUGGAUGAGCUGAUGAAGGCUCAGAUGCAAUAUGAAGCGAGUCAGCACGUCGAGGUUGCUCAGGAGGCCACCCCCUACCCCAACGCUCCACCCCCGUACCCGACGACAGGAAAUGGGCACUUGUACCCCUCUCUCGGAGACUUCAUGGGACUCCAAAUCACUGACGAGUUCGUCCAAGCACACAUUCCGCAACAAGCAUUGGCUGUUCCGCAGCCUCAGCAGAUGCAGAUUUCUCAAAACCGAGGUGGCAUGAUUGCUCCUCUCAGCAACCAGAGUCUCGCAUUCCAGAAAACCCAAGUGACUCAUGGAAUUAGAGAGCUGGUUCUGUGCAAAGAUGCUGAUGAAAAAAUCGGCCUCCGUCUGCGUUCCGUAAACAACGGACUGUUUGUUUGCCUGGUUUCGAAAAACACACCGGCCGCUCUUGCUGGCCUCAAGUUUGGAGACCAAAUUCUGCAGAUCAAUGGUGAAGAUGUGGCUGGAAUGGACAUGGAAGAGGGACACAAAAUUUUGAAGAAGUGUGGCAAAAAUGAUAUCAAAGUGAUCGUCCGUGAUAGGCCUUUCGAGAGGACUGUUGUCCUGCACAAAGACUCGACUGACCACAUCGGCUUCCAGUUCAGCAAGGGAAAAAUUACUGGUCUCGUGAAGGAUUCGUCUGCGGCUCGCAACGGGCUUUUGACUGACCAUCAACUGUUGGAAGUGAAUGGACAAAAUGUGAUUGGUCUUGAUGACAAGGAAGUUACCAAAAUCAUCAGGAGCUCUGCGUCCGUUGUCUCUCUCACCAUCAUGCCACACGUCUUGUACGAGCACAUGAUUAAAAAGAUGCAUGGCAGUCUCAUCACCAAGUUGAUGGAUCACUCUCAGCCAACCAUCUAAAGAAUCUUUGCGCCAUAUUAUAAUUUUUAUGUCCCAGACACAAAAUCCAUGGGUGCCACUUGAAUGGAAUUCACUCUUGUCAUUUUAAAUUAAUUUAUUUCUUUUUUACUUGCCCGUUUUGUAAUUUAAAAGAUAAAUAAUUGGCGAUGGAAAGAAAAUUAGCGACUGGAUUAGUGUGAUGAGCUCCUUUCUGCUCGAAAACCACUAUUUAUUAUACUUAAAUAAACUUAGUUCGGUGGUGAGUCUAUGAUAAUUGAUUCGGAACUAAAAUUAUUAUUCCUUUCAUCUUAGUAUUUUGUAAUUUUUUACCCUUGAAUGAAUUGUGUCAUUUUGCCAAAACAGUUACUGCUGCUUCAUAGCAAUCAUAAGAGCCUUCCGAAUAUAUACCUGCUGCAUUUUUAAAUCAAAUAUUUAUAUAAAGUUGAAAGUAACGAGCUUUUGAUGUCUCUAAAGCAAUCCUUGAAAAAAAAUGCGUCCUUAUAGCUAGAUAUGUAUUUAUCCUGCCUACAGUUUAUGAAUGGUAUUAUACAGUAGCCAUACAACAAAAUGUGAACAUAGAAAUACUUGUCUUCAUGUUUAUAGAUCAUUAUUAUAAUCAAUAAAAUUGCUCUUAAUUAAAUCAACUUAUUUUA